CUGGUACACUUGCAUACCAGGAUUACAAAGGAUGUCACUGUGUCCAGUGAAUCAAAAAUUAGGAGUAUUUGAUCCAUUGUUUACAAUGUAAUUUCUGUAGAAAUUGUAGUCAGCCAAGUGGCGUGUACAGGGGAUUAUUCAUAGAUAAUGAGUGAAUGGGAGGUCCCUUCUUGCUUCUUUGAGACGUGAUUUAGGCUACAUUUGGGGACUAUUGUUUGAAAACAUGGAUAUUAUUUGGAUGACAAUCAAAUAAAAAAAAUGGACCCAUAACAGCGGAAGUCGUUCAGAUAGUCAUCACAGGACAAUGCAACUUUAUUUUCAUUGUCAUCAAUAACAAAAAUCUAACGGAUCAGUUGUAGAAACAACUACCGGAUAAGUGCAGACAAAUCCAUAAAAGAGCUUCGGUUGCAAUUAAUUGUGUAUAUAGACGAAACAGCGAGGAUCCUGUGAGGGACUAUGCGGAUUCCGAUAUGGAGUUACCACCCAGACUCUUUGCCUUUCUGCUGAUGCUGUUGGAGUGGACCAAACCAGGGCUAUCUAACCCCCUGCGUCCGAUCUGUGACCCGCGGGUCCUAAAACACUUCAUUGAAGAGGCCAGAGAUGCUGAGGCAGCCAUGCUGGCAUGUAAAGAAGGACGUGGUCUUGCAGAGCCCGUCACUGUUCCCCAAACCAAAGUAGACUUCAACGUCUGGGAGAGGAAAAAUGCACUGGAGCAAGCUCAGGAGGUUCAGUCUGGCCUGUGGCUGUUAAACCAGGCCAUCGGCUCGCUACGAACCUCCGUCACCAACACAGCGCUGCACAGCCACAUAGACAACAGCCUCAGAAACAUCUUCAGCAUCGGACAGGUGCUGCGCAGCCUCAACAUCCAGGAGUACACCCCUCCAGCAGGGGGAGUGGCUGGAGGUGGGGAGACAUGGCGGGUGUCGUCUGCUUCAGAGCUCCUCCAGGUCCACGUUAACUUCCUGCGAGGCAAGGUGCACCUCUUGCUGUCCAACGCACCCAUCUGCCACCAGGGUAGCAGCUGAUUGGGGCUCUCCAAGGCAGGGCUGAACUGAUUGGAGCUCCCUCUGGCAGGGGGGCGGGCUCUUACACGAUUGACCCUGCUUGUUGCCAGGUAGAAGUCUAAAAGAGGAGAGUGUGUGGACCAGAUCCUCACAGGAGAGAAUGAAGCUAUGUGGACAGAAUAGUUCCUAUUGGACCUUUAAAAGAACAAGAGCAGGUAGCACCUUGUGAAGAUUGACAUGAGGGAGGAAUGUGGUGAAGAAUUCAACAACGAAUGGGGCCCAUAUAAUGCACUGCUCUACGGCUCUUCAGUACUGUGUGUGUGUGUGUGUGUGUGUGUGUGUGUGUGUGCUUGCCUGUGUGUUUUAGCAUGAGUGUGUGCCUGUGUGUUUUAGCAUGGACUGUGAGUUCUCACCGCCAAGCACUGGACAAUCCACGGGGAUUGCACCUGAUGACACCUUGUUGGAGUUGUUCUGCACUGUACCUGACUGACAGCAUUGACAGCCUGUCAAAGUCCAGGAGGAGGAGGCCUAGCCUAUCCCACAAACUCUUCAAACAUCACCCGCCCGCCUCAGUCUUAACACACAACACUUUUCCAACUGCUGUUUAUUAGUGUCCUUAAAUGAAUUUUAUAUUGCUUUUGUAAUUACUUAUUUAUAGUUCUACAUUUAAGCUCGACUCACUGUCAUGGCGAAAGUAUUCUGAGAGAUAUACUGUAACUAUGAACUAGAGACCGCUGUUGGGCUCCAGCGGUUAAUCAUAAUCACUAUAUAACGCCACUGAACCAUGUUGUAAAGAUAUUUGUAUACGUCAAUAUCCAACUGUUCACUGCUGUCUGUUACCCUUCAUAGAAUAAAUGAUCUGUGUGUUUGUAUGAA